AUGGUAUCUCAAGACAAACUCCAAUCCUUCCCCUCCAAACCCCGCGUAUUCAUCCUCAGCGACAUCUCAAACGAACCAGACGACGCAGAGUCACUAGUCCGCUACCUACUGUACUCAAAUCAGCUCCGCACCGAGGGUCUUACCGCCUGUACAUCAACAUGGAUGAAAAACAAAGUCUGUCCACAGGACAUGCACAAGAUAGUCGACGGCUACGAGAAAGUAGUGGAAAACCUCAAUGCCCACGCCCAUCCAGACGAUCCAUACCCAACAGCGGACCACCUAAGAUCCCUCAUUAAAAAGGGUGCAGAGAGCUACGGCAUGACAGCCGUAGGCGACACCGUUGCCCUGAGCGAAGGCGCACAAGCCCUGCUAGAGCGCAUAACAACCCAAGAAAACGAUACAAAGAACGACCCGCUCUGGAUCCUCUGCUGGGGUGGAACAAACGUGCUAGCCUCCGCCCUAUUGCACCUAAGCAAAACCCACAGCCCAGAAGACUCCGCAAAGCUGCGCGCUAAGCUCCGCAUCUACGCCAUCUCCGAUCAGGAUGACACAGGUCUCUGGAUAAGAACGACCUACCCAGAUCUAUUCUACAUCUGUUCUGUGCACGGCUGGAACCAAUAUGGGAAUGCGACUUGGACGGGAAUUUCGGGGGAUGGGUGGUAUGGGUUUGAUAAGGGGGGUCCUGAUCCGAGGAUGAUUAGUGCCGGGUGGAUUAAGGAGAAUAUUCAGAUUGGGGUGUUUGGGGGUUGUUAUCCUGACUUUAUGUUUAUUCCAGAGGGGGACACGCCUACGUUUCUUUAUCUCAUUCAGAAUGGGCUUGGGGUGCCUGAAAAGCCUGGGUUUGGGGGAUGGGGUGGGAGGUAUGUUUCUACGCAUGGUGGUGGGUCUGGGGUGAGUGGGCAUUAUAGUGACACUGCUGAUGAGGUCGUUGGACUCGAUGGGCGGAGCUUUCAGUCUAAUCAUGCGACUAUCUGGCGCUGGAGGGAGGCGUUCCAGGUUGAUUUUGCGGCUAGGAUGCAGUGGUCUCUUUCUUCUGACUUGAGGGAUGCGAAUCAUCAUCCUGUGGCGAUUGUUAAUAGGACUUCUGGCCCUGCGCCGCUGGAGCUGGAGGUUGAGGCUGGGGCGGUGUUCCGGCUUGAUGCUUCCGCUUCUUAUGAUCCUGACCCUGAGGAUUCGCUUACGUUCAAGUGGUAUCAGUAUAAGGAGCCGAGUGCGACUCAGUGGGCUGUGAAGUAUGAGGUUGGGGAACUCGGGGUUAAGCCUUUGAAUGAGGCUGGGAGUGUUGUUGAGGUUCAGAUGCCUCCUCCUGGGAAGUGUUGUGUUGAGCUUAUUAGUCGUGAGGCUAUUGCUACGGGCCAGUUGCUACAUCUUAUUUUGGAGGUGAAAGAUAAUGGGGUUCCUGCUUUGACGACUUAUCGGCGUAUUGUUAUUCAGGCUAAGAAUGAGAAGUUGUUAGGAGGCGGUGGGGGUGCUGAGGCUAUUGGUGAUGUUAUGAAGGAUGUGAUGCAAUGA